UCACUCACUGCCAAUUAAACUGUAAACCUAUGGCUUACUGCUCAGCAAACAGCUUCCAAAUCCCGGCCACCAACGUCAUUUCACGGCCGCGCACUGUCACUCCCUCUGUCGGCGCCUCCGUCUCCUUGUGGCGCCGCCCUUCUUCUAUUCCAUCUAUUUCAAACCGCAACAUGUCCUUCAAAUGCCAUGCCAUUUCCAAGUGUCGUGAUAUCAUACCUAUUGAAACCAAAGAGGCUCCAGAAGCAUUGGGGCCAUAUUCUCAAGGCAUCAUUGCCAACAACUUUAUAUUUGUGUCUGGCUCCCUAGGUCUGAUUCCCGAGACAGGAGAAUUAAUUUCUGAUCAUGUUGGAGACCAACCGAGGCAGGCCCUCAGAAAUAUAGGUGCAAUAUUGAGAGCUGGAGGUGCAGACUAUAAUAGAGUGGUUAAGACAACUAUUAUGCUGGCUGAUGUAGCAGACUUUGCAUUAGUGAAUGAAAUUUAUGCUCGAUACUUUUCCGAGCAACCUUUUCCAGCUCGGUCAACAUUUCAGGUUGGAGCGUUGCCCAAAAAUGCCAAGAUCGAAAUCGAUGCAAUAGCUUUGGUUUAAACUGUAGUACCUCGACCUGACAUGAGCACAGGUUGUGAAGUAUCCGAUAUAUUAGUAUGGUUUCUUGCUGGUUGUUACCAACAUUAUUGUAAUAAUUUUAUUAUCUCAUGGACAUAUGCUUUUUAAGUUGUGGAAAUGGAGCUAAUAAAAGAUAUUGUUGUCUUGUUUUA